AUGGAACCUUUAAUGGGUAAUUUACCAGUUACCAGAGCAUCACAAUCAUACCCCUUUCAAGUUACUGGAACUGAUUUUGCUGGGCCUUUUUUGAUUGCAAGCAAAAAGGGUCGGGGUAGUAGAACCACAAAAUGCUACAUAUGCAUCUUUAUAUGCUUCUCUACUAAGGCUGUUCACUUGGAAACGGUUAGCGAUCUUAGUACUCCCGCCUUUAUUUCUUGCUUACGGAGAUUUAUCGCUAGAAGAGGUAAACCAGAUUCUAUUUGUUGCGACAACGGCAAAAAUUUUGUCGGGGCAAACAACGAGUUGGGCAGGGUAUUGCGCUCCAAUUUAAACAAUUUAAACGAUUUCGCGGCUAAUGAAGGCAUAAAGUUUAUAUUUACCCCGCCAUAUUCACCGACAUUUGCUGGCCUCUCUGAGGCUUGUGUAAAAAGUACCAAACAUCAUCUUAAACGUAUAGCCGGAAACACUAGCCUUACUUACGAGGAGAUGAGCACGCUUUUAGCUCAAAUCGAAGCGAUCCUUAACUCGCGUCCCCUAUCUCCUUUAUCAUCUGAUCCAUCCGAUUUAGCUCCACUAACCCCAGGGCAUUUCCUCAUUGGCCGGCCACUGACAUCGCUGCCUACGCCUGAAAAAACUGAUACAAAGAUACGCACGAGGUAUCAGUUGGUAGAGCAACUAAAAUCUCACUUCUGGGAUAGAUGGAGAAAAGAAUAUUUAACCGAAUUACAGCAGCGGACAAAAUGGCGGUCCAGCAAACCAAACCUACAUCAAGGCGAUCUGGUGGUUUUAAAAGACCUUAACCUACCACCACUGAGGUGGAAACUCGGUCGAGUCCAAACCCAUGCAACCCUGGAAAUGAUGGAGUUGUACGAGUUGUUGACGUUUUUACAAAUCGCGGCAUGGAACGGCGAGCAGUUAAUAAAGUUUGCCUUUUGCCCGUCGUGA